AUGCAGGCCCCUUCGGCCUCCUCACAGCGAGGCUUUGCCCGGCGACGCUCUCCCGCCGGCGACCUCGGACCUCCGCCCAAUGUGCGGCCCAACUCGCCUGGCCCGGCAAUGCAGUCACGUCCAUCCGCGGCCACGUCUCGGCCAGCUCACCCGGCCAGCUCAAGACGCUCGAACCGCGAAUCCCCCGGCAACAGCGCCAACUUACCUCUGUCGCAAAUCGAAAAGAGCGUCACCCACCUUCUUGUCGCCACAAAACAGCUGCUCGAAACCCUGACGCAGUGGUCCCGCGGUCAGGCGACCGAUUCCCAAGUCUCCGACGUCUACGUUCGACUGGGCUACGAGUUCAAUAUGGCCUGCCGCGCCUUUGCCGCCAUAAACGUCGACACGUCCGACCUGGGCAACGUCCCUGAAUCGCUGCGACACAUUCUCGAGGCCACUCUGAGCCAGGAGGCGAGCGCAGAGAGUCUGGAAAAGUACCUGCCCAGAAUCCGAGACAUCAUAAUUAGUCUGCUCCACGGCCUGAAGCGCAAGCAGCAGAGGCUACGGCAGAAGCAGCAGGGACGCGAUCGCGAGGGCAAUCCCCUCCCGGAGAGGACCACCAGUGUGAGCACUGUCAAUAGUGUCAAUAGCGGCCUGACCAACUUGCUCGAGGAAGGGCUGGAGAACGGUUAUCGGCCGGAAGCUCAGCGCGGAGAUGCUACGCAGCAAGCCGCCGCCCAGCCAUCCCCAAGUCGUCGAUUUCAAGCGCAGCGAGACGCUUCCCGCGGUUCAGCAACCUCGGAACAAUCGUCGCUGUCCAGCAACACAAUGCAGAAUAUCCCCGUCAUGCCACCCUACCCAGCAGAUGGCUCGACCAUGCCCUCCGCGUCGUCGGCCAGCGAACUGAACAUCGACGCAUUCCCCCCUCCUCCACCACCGCCUCCAGACAACCAAUCCAGCGCCCUGGCAGCCUUGCAAAAAGGUGGCGAUCUCGAGCGACGGGCCUCUCGACGAUACUCGCAGUACCAGAUAUCCAAGCAUCUUGGCGGCGCGGCCAAUGGCGUGCCCCUCCUCCCUUCCCAGAACUCUCCCAUACCAAACAGGGGCAGAAGGGAAGUGAGGGAGUCGUUGCGCGCCGUGCAGUCCCGAGAAUCCGCUCACCACAACCGUAACGUCUCUUCCCAGUCCCGGCUCGGAGCGGUUGACUCCUCUCCAGCUAGAAUUCCGAGCCGGGUGUCCGAGGAACCUACGACUGAAUUAUCCGAGACUCCUCCGGCACCGGCCGAAAGCCCAGCUGCGAAAAGUCUCGAGGACGAGAGCGCACCGAAGGCGACCGUCAGCGGCCCUCAGCUGGAGCCUGUCUCGUUCGUCCCUGAGCCGAGUCGCGCAGAUCCCGAACCGACCAAGAAGGAAAAGACAAAGGCGGAUGAGACCCAUCCCAUCCCACACCCGCCAGAAACGAAGCAUAGCGAAUCCUUCUUCCAAGUCUCUCCGCCCCCGACGCCAACCAAGGAUCUCACACUCUUUCUGCAAUACAGGUCCAAGGUGAAGAAGAUUAUGCUGCCCGAGGGGAGGGACGAGCUUUCGAUUGGGCGGUUGCAGCUCGCCUUUAUCGAAAAAUUCUCGUGGAGUACCCAACAUAAUGGGGCAGACUUGCCUGAGAUAUAUAUACAAGACCCUGUGUCGGGUGUGCGGCACGAGCUGGAAGACCUUUCCGACGUCAAAGACCGGACUGUCCUCGUCUUGAACGUGGAGCCCUUGGACGAAGUCAAGAGACAUAUUGACGACGGUAUGUCGGCCCUCACCAAAAUCAGAGUCUCGGAUCGACAGCAAGAGGCGGCCGGCGAACUGGCUCGGCUAGCCACAGUCCAGCCGACAGUGAUGGCAGCAGGGGACGGCUCCAAGGCCCUAACCGCACCAGGUCGGAAGCUCCGUGCAGAUCAUCUCGGCGAACUGAAGAACCUCAAACGAGAUCUCGCGAUUAUGCGCCAGACAUACUCGAACUUUCAGUCCGAGAUUCAAAGCUCAAUGUCCUCGAUUCGCAGCAAGGCCGCCAACGUCAAGACAGCAGCUGCCAAGGCGGCAAUACCGGACAUGGAAGGCGAUGCUGGCUUCUCGUACGUCACGGGUGGGCGAAAGCAGCUCAGCACGGACUCGGACCGACUCGUUGGUAAAGUGGACGACCUUCAAGACUUGGUGGAGGAUCUUCGUAAGGACGUGGUGCACCGUGGCGUGCGACCCUUGCCGCGACAGCUCGAGGGCGUGGCAAAGGAUAUCACGGGGCUCACCAAGGAGCUCAAGCGGAUGGAGGACUAUAUGAAGCAAGAGAAGCCCAUCUGGACCAAGAUUUGGGAAAAGGAGCUUGAGGACGUAUGUCAGGGCCGCGACGAGCUCCGCCUCAUGGAGGACCUGCUGGUAGACCUGCGAGACGACUUGGAAAAGGCCGGCGAGACGUUUACGCUCGUCGAGCAGGCCACCAAGGAGCAAAACAAGGACAACGGCACGGGGGCGAGCGCGGGGUCGGCGCGGCAGUUCUCCAAGGGCCUCAACAGCCUUGGCAACAGCUCGGACCAGAGCGCGGCCAAGGAGGACGUGCUGGGCGAGGUGCGGGCGCUGCAGCCCAACCAUGAGGACCGGCUCGAGGCGAUUGAGCGCGCCGAGAAGCUGCGGCAGAAGGAGCUUGAGGGCCGGCGGGGCAACGCGCUGCAGCGCGAGAUCUCGACGUUUGUCGACCAGGGCAAGCUCAAGAAGUCGGGCGGCUUCGAGGAGGUGGAGCGCGCGCGCAAGGCAAAGGACGAGCGCAUCCGCCGCGAGGUCUGGGAGCGCCAGAACGGCAUCGUGCCCGAGGAUCCCGUCGGCGAGGACGGCGAGGACGACGACGCGCUGCCCGACGACGAGGAUGAGCUCGACGCCGCAGAGGCCGAAGCGGAGGCCGUCGAGGCCGAGGAGGCAGAGGAAGCGGAAGCGGAAGCCGCAGAGGCGGCCGCGGAAAAGGAGGAGGAGGAGGAGGGUGCCGACCCAGCAGUGGCGGACGAGAAAGCACCCGUGCCGGCGCCCGAGGAAGCUUGA